ACUCCUUCCCCGUCGUUUCCUGAACUCCCAUUGCUGUCGUCUGCCUUGCGGACAUAUUUCGAUGAAUUGUUCAGAUGAACGCCUAGGUAGUGUCGUAUUGUGUGCAAAGUGAAGGAUUCGCUGCUAGACGACUUACGUCCAUCUGUUAGCAAUAUCCGAUGGGCCAAGAAUUGAACGUUCGUGUUUUCUGAUUACAAGGCAUCAUGGAUAUGAGGUCAUAUUUGACAGCCCCCCUUCAGCUAGAUAAGAUUUGUAGGGCAUGUUUGACGGAAAAGGGAGACAUGCGACCGUUAUUUGGGGCUUGUUUGGAUGAAAUGUUGAAUUCAUUUGCUGCACUAGAGAUUUCAGAAGGAGAUGGUUUCCCAAGUCUCAUGUGUGUCCAAUGUGUACUUCAGUGCAGUAGGGCAUAUACUUUCAAACAGCUAUGUGAAAAGUCUGAUAAUAUUUUACGUCAGUAUCUCACCCCAGAAUUCCAGCAACAAAUUGCCCAGUCGAUAGCAAAUCAACAACAAAUGCAAGCUAAACAGGAGUUACAAGAACAACUACAAUUUGCAGAUGAAAUAGGUGGUGUAGUCAUAAAACAGGACAUAGCAGAGUUUGUGACAUAUAACGAAGUUGGCAGGAAUGAUGGAAAAGAGGCAACUUUGUAUACAUUAGACAGUGAGAAUGUUGAAGAAGUGAUACUGGAAGGAAUUGGUAGCACGAUCGAAAGUCCUAAACUAAAGUAUGCUUGUACGAAAUGUGAAGAAGCAUUCGCUUUGAAGGUUGACCUGAAGGUGCACAUGAUGUCUCAUCCGAAAGAGCUCGACUUCAAAUGCGAUGUGUGCAACAAAGCAUUUUCAGAAGCGCGCAUCUUGAAACGUCACAUCAAAAUCCAUUUGCAACUGAAACCCCACCAGUGCGAUCAGUGCGACAUGUCGUUCGCGGAGAGUUCCAACCUCAGCAAGCACAAAAAGAAACAUACAGGGGAGUUGAGGAAUAUCAACGGAAAACCGCAUUUGUGUUCCGUGUGCGGAAGGGCAUUCAAGUGGGCCUCCAGUUUAUCCAAGCAUAUGAAAUACCACACGGGCCAUAAGUUGUUGUCAUGUGAUUAUUGUGGGAAGCAAUAUGUGGAGGCCCGAAGUUUGAGAAUUCAUGUGCGAUCUCAUACUGGAGAACGCCCAUACGUUUGCGGUGUGUGUAACAAAGGUUUCACGCAAGAGUGCAAUUUGGAAAAGCAUUUGCGGGUGCAUACGGGAGAAAAACCAUUUGAGUGUCCGAUUUGCCAGAAAAGGUUCACCCAAUCCGGCUACGUGGGCAUCCACAUGCGCACGCACACCGGCGCCCGCCCCUACGUCUGCACCACGUGCGGCAAGGCGUUCGCCGGCUCCAGCACGCUCAACAUCCACCGGCACGUGCACACCGGCGAGAGGCCGCACGUGUGUCCCUCGUGCGGCAAGGCGUUCAGCCGGCACGAGUCGCUCGUGGUGCACGUUCGCUCGCACACCGGCGAGCGGCCGCACGUAUGCCCCAUCUGCGACAAGGGCUUCGCGUCCUCGGGGCUGCUGUCGGGCCACAUGCGGACGCAUACGGGCGAGAAGCCGCACAAGUGCGAGUCGUGCGGCAAAAAGUUCGCAAGUUCCAGUAGCCUAAAGGUACACAUGCGGUCCGACAGCGGUGGCGGGGAGAAGAAUUACAUGUGCAAGAUAUGUCAUGAAUGUUUCGUCUCAUCUUGUUCCUUACAAUUGCAUCUGAAUACACACGCAGCUGAGGAAAAAUCGAAAGAUGAAUUGGAAACUGUGCAAGUAGCUGAAUUAAUAACAUCAGAUAACCAGACAAUUCAAGUGGCAGCUAUCACAACAAUUUGAGACUAAAAUAUUGAGAGAACUCAUAGUGAUAUUUUGUAAUG